GCUCGGGUCUCUUUUAUCGCCAUAGUCAAAUAAAAUUUUUGGAGCUUCUAGAUCCAAAAAUUUAUUCAAUAUCAAGCUACCCCCCCUCCAAAGUCCCAAAGUCCCAGUCGCAAACUACAAAAUUGUAAUUUACAUCUACGUCGCCAUUCCUUCACUCAUAUUAAACUUGGUUCUGUUCAACACAUUUGGUUCAAAAUGAUGUCUCUCAGAGCUGUCGCGCGCUCAGCGCCUCGUACAUUUACUCGUCUUAGUUCUACAACUCUUAGAUCAUCAAGACUAGUUCAGCCGAGCUCCCUACUUAAGUCUUCAUGGGCACCUCUCAGAUCAUCUCAGUUCACAUCGGCAUUCUCCACAUCGCAAUUCAGACAAGCGCCCGCGCCCGCGGCAGAGGUGGAUGAGGAGCUGUCAGUCAAGCUCGAGAGCGAACUCCAGUUCGAAAAUGAGAUGAAGGAGGAUGAGCAGCUCCCGGCAAGCGUCAAGGACUUCCUCGAGAACAGCCCAUUCGAGCUGAAGGAUGAGCCUGGGAAGGAGGACGUCUCCCUAGUCCGCAAGUUUGGAAACGAAACCAUCACCGUCACCUUCUCUAUCUCAGAUCUUGCCAAUUACGAGCCCGAUGACGUAUUUAACGAAGAGUCUGUUCUCGAUGAUGAAGAUGCCGAGUCGUCCGAAGGCAGGCGCACAUCGCCGGCGGAGGGCGAGGAAGCCCUUGAGGACGAGGUCGACGGCAGCGAUGCGCCGGUGCCUUGCCGACUGAACAUCGUAGUAGAGAAGCCAGGCAAGGGCGCGCUUAACAUCGAGGCGAUGGCGCAGGACGGUCAGAUCAUCGUCGAGAACUUCUAUUACUUCAAAGACGCCAAGUUGGCGCACGGCAAGACUGCUGAGAUCGCUCAUACUGCCCAGGACCUCUACCCCGGCCCACCCUUCGGCAGCCUCGACGAGGACCUACAGAUCCUCAUGGAGCGGUACCUCGAGGAGCGCGGCGUCACCCAGGCCCUCGCCGUCUUCGUCCCCGACUACAUGGACAUCAAGGAGCAGCGCGAGUACCAGACCUGGCUGAAGGACGUCAAGGAAUUCAUCGAUGCUUAGACGGUCAGCGAGGAUGGGUUAGGUACCUAAUGACGGAAGAGGGGCGGGAUAGAUGAAUGAAUAAAAAAUUAAAGAGAGGAAAAAAGGAAUGACGCCUCUGAUGUAUUAUGAAAAACCAACUCCACAUGUAUAAUAAGAAAUGACGGCUUUUAGGGAAUCUCCAUAGGGGAGGAUCGUGUCUCAGGAAUGACUACACAAGAUUUUCUGUAUCCCUGGCUUUCAAAGUAUCCCUCUCGUGUAAUUUUCGACAAUUGAGUUUCUUCCAGUUGACGCGCGUUUCUUUCUAGUAUCUGAUUUUUCGAACACCAAGAGUCGCCACGUAAUCGUUGUUGAAUCUAUGCGAACAGACACAUCUAGGGAAAGGCUGAAUUUAUAAUGGCCCCGGCCUAAUUAAACCAUUUCUCGAUAAUACUCUCCGACUCUCGAUACUAUUGGUCUAAUGCUAGUACGUGGCAAAGAUAUCAAGUAUGAAGUAGAAGUGGAAGUGGAAGUGGAAGUGGAAGUGGAAGUGGAAGUGGAAGUGGAAGUGGAAGUGGAAGUGGAAGUGGAAGU